CAAACUGAGCCAGUAGCCGAGGCUGACACCGCUGGCAGACGUUCGAUCGUUACGCGGCGAAUCAGUGUUGGUCGGUGGUCGGGCGUACCGCGAAGCACAAUUUGGACAUGCGUAUCGGUCGUUAUCGUUCGUACCCGCGUAUGAUCUCUUCUUUCCGAGAUAUACAUAUAUCUUGUAACAGUAACGGUAACGGCAAUUCUCACAUUUAGUUUACACGGAUAUAUUUUGCUUUUUCACGGGAAGGAAGAGUAAAAGAAGGAAGAAGUAAGAGGGUGAGAGGGUGGGAGGGAGGGAGGAAGGGGAAAGAGGGAGAGGGAGGGAGAGAGAGAGAGGCAGGGAGCUAGACGUGAACAAAAACAGGAUGUCGAAACUGCAGUUGUACUAAAAUCAAGUAAAUCCUCACAGAAAACUCGGAUUAAUUGAUUAAGACGGACUUGGACUUUGGAAAGGUUGAAAGGAAAUCGAUUCGAGUAAGGUCGAAAGAAUACAUCAUGACAUUGAAUAGUCGACACUCGGUCUCCCUUGUAGAACGAAUGCGCACCACCUGUAGCUCGAUAUCUACAUAUGCCCAAAAGGUCAAUCGCCUUUUCUUCGAGUUUCUCCGCAAAUUUUCGACAGAAUGAAUAUUUCACUGAAAUAUUCUAAGAAUAUCACUGGUCAAAAUUAAUCAGAUUCGAGCCCAUCAACGUAGAAAUUAUGACUGAAGAAAUGAACAAUACCGUUUCUUGUAAAUGGACUAUGGAGGAACGGGAAAAGAUGUUAACUACUGGGACGCUGGAACAACAGAGAGAGGCUUUCAAAGAUGACGAAGAGCUAAUGAGAGAAACGAGCAAGUUUGUGAGUGAAGUUAUACAAACGGCGAUCACGGAAGCAUCAAAAAGGAAGGUGUUGACGGAGAAAGCUGUCAGUGAAGGAAGUAGACUGAAGGGUAUCGGUAGCGUCGCUGGUUGGAAUCAUCGUGCCCGUGGAUUCUGCAGUCGAAUACUGAACGCGCUCUGUCCAUGCUUCACUAGCAACGAAUUAUUCAGCUGGACACCGUACCGAUAUCGCUUCACGAGACCGUAAUCGUUCGCUGUCACCCGGAAUUACCGUGCUUUGCCGAGCAACCAUUAAUCCAAUUGAUUAAAUAAUAAACAGCAUGAAUAACUGUCGUGAACGCCGUCAACUAAUGUAAUUUAGUGAAGUGCGAGCAACGACAGGUUUUCGAUUUUUCGUACUACUGGCUUUGAACAGUUGCACAUUGUAGACCUUUUGAUUAUAUAGUAUAUCUAUAUUUUAUUAUAUCUAUAUUAUAGUAUAUCUAUAUUAUAUUAUUAUAUUAUACAUAUGUAUGUAUGUAUGUAUGUAUGUACACGCGCACACACACAAUAUGUAAUUGAACAUACAUAUGGGCACCAAAACCAGAGUGUGUUAAAUUUCAAAAAUGCUAUUUUACACGUUAUAGACAUGUUUUCCGUAUAAAAUUUGUCAUUCUUCUCGAUAGUAAACAUUUUUUCGUUCCAUGUCGUUUAGUUUCCCGCUACUACGAUUUGCUCUUUUCGAAAGUUUGGAAGGUAUGAAUUAAAUACACUCUGGCACUGAAAUCCAGAUCUGUCUAAGUAUUAAGUACGUGCGUACAGUUGUAUCGAAUUAUUUUUUAUACAACAUGAUUACACAGAAACAUUAGUGUUCAAUGUAUUUAGCUUUCUCUUACGAUACAGUGUGUGUAAUUGAUUAACUACUCCCUUGCGUUUCAUAUAUCUAAAAGGUAGUUCCAUUGUACAGAAUGCAAAGAAAAAUAUUAUUAAUGUGAGAAAAUUUCGUUCGUUGUGCAUUAGCUAUGUAUUUAGAUCGACUGUAACCGUUUUAUCUGAUACUUUAACGCUAUUUAAACACGGUUCAAUCGAUAGAAGGAAGAACGGGAUAACGGAAAAACAUGCACGUAAACGAUGAUGAUGCGAGGGGAGAGAAUAGGUAGACAGAGCGUCAACGAUUGAUAUGUAUGUAAAAUGUAAAUUCGUUGCACAAUUAUUUGAUGUGGGAUCAAAAGUAAAAAAAAGCCUAUUGACUGACAAUCAAAGAUACACUUAAUCUUUAUAAUGAUACGUAGCUAAACUAUCCAAAAAUAAUGAAAUAACGUGCUAAAUAUGUGUAUGUUGUGAAUAUGUAUGCAUAUGUAUGUAUAAACAGGAUAUAUGACUCUAACUUGUAUGUAUGUAUAAUAGAUGCAAUUACUGUUCUCGUGCAUCUGUUAGUAAAUAUACAAAUGUAAAUAAAAGGACAUUAAUGAGCUA